AUGUCGAAUUCUAGCUUAUUUCUUGGUCUUGAUUUAUCUACUCAGCAGCUCAAAGGUGUUAUUGUUGAAAGUGUUUCACUUGUAACUAUUUCAAAGAUAAUAGUAGAUUUUGACCAUGAUUUUCCAAAAUAUAAAACGACAAAAGGUGUUUAUGUUGACCAGAAAUCUAUGGAGGUACAUGCUCCUGUGGAUAUGUGGCUGGAAGCAAUUGACUUAUUUUUUCUUAGGCUAAGCUGCCUUAAAGAUGAAAAUAAUGAACCUCUUGUCACACGAAUUAAAUUUAUUUCGGGGGCUUGCCAACAACAUGGUAGUGUUUUUUGGAACAGUGAAGCCACACAACAUUUAAGGAAGCUUUCUUCUAAAACUGAAAUGAACCUACUUGAGUUACUUCAUGAUGCUUUUUCUUGGAAUAAAAGCCCAAAUUGGCAAGAUAGGAGCACCCAAUCUCAAUGUGAAGCAUUUGAAAACGCUGUUGAAGGUGGAGCAGAGGGGUUGGCUCAGAUUACAGGAAGUAAAGCACAUCAUAGGUUUACUGGUCCUCAGAUUUUAAAACUUAAGCAAAACAACCCUAGCAUUUAUGAAUCCACCAGCAGAAUAAGCCUUGUAUCUUCAUUUCUUGCAACCGUAUUAACUGGAAAUGGAAAAAUUCAAGAGCUUGAUCGAUCCGAUGCAUGUGGAAUGAACAUGUGGGACAUUCAAAAAAAAGAGUGGUGUAAAGAAAUUACUGAAUUGUUCGAUAAGGACUGUUUAAAUUCAGAUGGUGGUAUUAUAGCAAAACUUGGAAGAGUAAAAGAGACACAAUCAGCGGAACCGAUUGCAGUUUACUUUGCAGAAAAGUACGGACUGAAGUCAUCUUGCCAAGUUGUAACGCCCUUUACAGGAGAUAAUCCAGCCACAGUUCUUGCACAAGCUUUAGGCCAUGGUGAUGUUAUUAUAUCAUUAGGAACAUCCACUACAGUUCUAGUUGUCAGUAAAACAUAUGCACCCAGUUCCCAAUAUCAUAUUUUUAAUCAUCCAAUUGAUCAAGAUUCGUAUAUGGGAAUGGUAUGCUAUAGCAAUGGGUCGCUUGCACGAGAAAAAAUUCGCGACGCUUUAAAUUUAAAAUAUUUUACCAACGGCUGGUUUAAAUUUGAUGAUAUUCUUCAGGCUAGAAUGAAAGACGGUAUUGUUAUGGGUUACGGUAAAAACCAUCUUAAUCAAGCAAAAGUUGGAAUUUACUUUCCAAUGGCAGAAAUAGUACCACCUGUCAAGGCACAAACGAAUUAUUAUAGCUGGAGGCAAAGCUACUCUAAUAGUAAAAAGGAAUGGCAUUUGUCUGGUUAUACUCAUGAGGGUAAAGAUAGAGGUGACAUAGAUGAGGAAUGGCAUCAUCCUGAAGAUGAUGUUCUUGGUAUCAUUGAAUCUCAAGGGUUAAGCAUUCGUGAACGACUCAGUACAAUGCUUUCAUCAAAAGAAAGCCUAGAGGGAUCUCGAGAUCAGCCACGCCGUGUGUACUUUGUUGGCGGGACCAGUGCUAACACAGGUAUUUGUUUGGCACUGGGCCGGGUUCUAAAUCCUCUCGAGGGAAUGUUUCGGCUUACUGGAGAGCGCACACGGGACGCAUGUGCUUACGGAGCUGCACUCAAGGCUAUUUACUACGCCGAGAGGCCGACAAAUACACCAUGUGGGUUGGGGUCGGAGGUAUCGGCUGGAUCGGCUAAAGCGGGGGUUUCAGCCGUGGGAGCAGCACAGUUAAUAAAUCUUGGGGAAAAGUCAGGCGACUUUGGCAAUGAAAAAAAUACCACUCAACCCCACAUCUUUAGUAAUAAAGGAAAACAUGAAAUGGUCCACAGACCACCAAUGCAUAAGAGCGAUGAGAGUAGCAUGAGCUAUAAUGAUUUUAUAAAACAGUAUCCGGGAGCGGUGGAACGACUACAGGAAGACAAGAAUCUAAGAUCAUCAGACCACAAAGUCAGCUACGAAAGAACCACCGAGGAUCAAGACUUAUAUGCUCCAUACAUUGAUCUUUAUCUUCAGACCGAGAAACUUUUACAGAAGUGA